GCCCCUCUCUCACCCUUUCUCUCUCUCUCUCCCUCCCUCCCUCUAUACGAAAACACUUUCGGGAAGAAUAAAGUGUUUGGUGCGCUCAGCCAGUCUUUUCUCGGAGCCAACCCGUGGCCUAGCAGGAAGAACAGCCCGACUAUGUGGAGAAAGAAACGGGCGCUUGGGGAGUCCGCGGCCUGUCUCUUGCUCCUCGUGACGCUCGUCGAUGCGUAUCGAUUCCUGAGCCAGAGCACAGCCACCCAGUUCCUGAGCAGGCAGAGGAGAGCCAACUCUCUGUUUGAGGAGAGCAAGAAGGGCAACCUGGAGAGGGAGUGCAUCGAGGAGCUGUGCGACAAGGAGGAGGCCAGGGAGAUCUUUGAGAACAACCCAGAGACGGAAUACUUCUACCCCAAAUAUGUUGCUUGUCUGGGUUCACACCGCGUUGGCAUUAACAAUCCAAAUUCAGACGCCAUCUCGUCAGACCUUCGCACCUGUGUGAAGGAGAUCAGUGACCAGUGCACACCGCCGCCGUGCUACAAGGAGGGCGCAACGCUCUGCGUGGACGGACAGGCCUCCUUCAAGUGUGAGUGCAAACCCGGCUGGAAGGGGCCGCGCUGUGAGAACGACAUCGAUGAGUGUUCAGAUCCUGAAUUUCCAGCGGGAUGUAACCAGAAAUGUUACAACUCACCCGGCAGUUUCCACUGCAUGUGUGAAAAUGGCUACUUUACCAACGACAAAGUCUACUGCGUGGAUAUUGAUGAAUGCCUGCUGUACCCCAGUAUCUGCAAGGAACCGGCUCAAUGUGUCAACACGCCGGGCAUGUAUGAGUGCCAGUGUCCCCUGGGCUUCAAAUACAACUUCACUUCCAAGGCCUGCAAUGAUGUGGAUGAGUGCGAGUUGAUUGUGUGCCACGGGACGUGUAUAAACACUGUGGGCAGCUAUGCGUGCCACUGUGAUGGUCGUGCGGGUCUGCAUCUGGCGGAGAAUGAGCGGUACUGUCAACCAAUCCCUGUUUGUGUAGAGCUGUAUGACUACAAACACCCGGAGAUGCUCUACCUGGGAGAGCAGUUUGCCGGCCUUCCAGCCAUCUAUCUGCGCUUCCGUCUGCCGGAAAACACAAAGUUUGCAGCGGAGUUUGACUUCCGUACAUUUGAUCCAGAGGGAGUUGUGCUGUACGCAGUGUCCUCGCAUGACUCAUGGUUUAUGUUGGGGCUCAGAGACGGCUGCAUUGAAGUCCAGUUUAAAAACCAGCACACGUUUAAGGUCACCAGUGGAGGAAAAGCCAUCAAUGAUGGACAGUGGCACGUGAUCUCUGUGGAUGAACUGGAGAGCAGCAUCAGUGUGAAGAUCAGCAAGGAAGCUGUGAUGAGCAUCAACAGCCCUGAGAGUCUCUUUACUGCAGUUAAUGGCAAACUAGUGACCACGGUCUACAUCGCUGGUCUGCCCAACCGCACUGAUGUCAUCAAACCUAUCAACCCUCGACUUGAUGGCUGCAUUCGGGGAUGGAACCUCAUGAAUCAGGGAGCAUCUGGGGUAAAGGAGGUCAUCCAGGAUAAGAAGAGCAAACAUUGCUUUGUGUAUGUGGAACGAGGCUCUUUCUUCACUGGGGCAGGCCUGGCACACUUCAACAUUGACUACAGUGAUUCUGGGAGUUGGAAGGUGGAUGUACAGAUGAACAUACGUCCGUCCAGCAGCACGGGUGUCCUCUUCGCUCUUGUCCACAACCACAAAGUCCCCCUGUCAGUUGCUGUGGUAACGAACGGAGAAGAAGAUGCUAACUUGCAAGUGUUCUUGGACGGCGUCUCCGUGGCAACACUGGACUCUCUGAUGUUGUGUUACCCUGAACGGCUGACAGUGCAGCUGAAUGUGACUCCCACGGCAAUCCAAAUCUCAGCUAACUCCUCCACUGUUACCUACAUGAAGUCUGAUGCGUUGCAGGAGGCACUGAAGUGCCUCAACAGCACCAUGCACAGCCCCAUCAGUACAUACAUUGGUGGGAUACCAGACGAUGUCCCGUUGCCUGCCACCCCUGUGACGGCCUUUUACCACGGUUGCAUGGACAUCACUAUCGCCGGCCAGCAGCUGGACUUCGACGAGGCUCUCGGCAAACACAACAGUAUUAAUUCCCAUUCCUGCCCCCCUGUGUCAGCCCCCGAGAGUCACCCUGAGGCAACGCAACACCACAGACCUUAAGUGACCUUUAUUAACGUUGCACUAGGCAGCAUCCCACAGCAGCCACUUCGUGGGAUAUUUUUGAAAGAGAGAUAUAGAAGAUGGGAGGGAGAGAUGAGAAAGAAAUGACAAGAAGAGACAGGAGUAUACGAUUAUAGUCAUUGUUUUCCAUUUUCUCCGAAGCGUUAAUUUGAAGCUUUGUUUGUCUGCUUUUUAUCCAUAUAGUAUUAUUGUUCCUGUCAAGGGAGCAUUAUUUUUUCUUUUUUUUUCUUUGAGUGAAAACACAUCAAAAGCUGGCUUGCCAGUGAGCGAGCAGGAGCUGGACGGCUAAAUGACGUACUUGUAGCAGCUUGUUGCUAUGAAUGAAAUGCAGUCCAAGAAACGUUUAAAAAGAGCUGUGCUCUGUAGCCACAUGCCAUGUGUUGAAAAGAAGUGGUUGUGUUUGUGUAGAAAAAUAAACAAACGGUCACUGUUGACCAGGAUUUGA